AUGAAACGAGUGAGGCAUUUUAUGUUGCUCUUGUUCGUCACUUUUGUGGUGUAUCAGGGCUGGUCAGUUCAACAAGCUAAAUUUCAAUCUGUGCUUUUCUUUCCAUCGCAAGAACUUGUGGAAGAGAAGGAAGAAUCUUUUCUUUUGCUUGAAAAAUUUUGUUUUGUAGUUUGAUGAAUAUUACGAUUCUUGCAUUGUUAAAUAUCGCAUCUGAACAUAAAAUUUGU